UCGUCGUCACUCCCAUAAAGUCAUCGCGAAUCCUUACUGAUUCAGAAAAAUCUGCAGAUUCUGCUGACGCCCCUAUUCCCACUGUCCCUCCACCUGCGGCUGACGCGGCCGCCUUGGAUAACGAGCACCACCCACUUGUAUUCUUCAUGCACGACAUCCUCGGCGGGUCGAACCCGACGGCUAGAGCCGUCACCGGAGUGGUCACAAACCCAGCCGUCAAUGCUCAAGUCGCCUUCGCCAAGCCAAACGGAGCAAACAUCCCUCUCGACAACGGCCUCCCUCAGAGCAAUGACAACGGCGGAUUCCUCAACAACAACAACCUCCCCUUCCUCACCGGCCUCGGUGGAAACCCCGGAAACGUCGUCAACAACAACAACAACAUCGGCGGAGCCGGAUUUCCAGUGAAUAACGUGAAUCUUUUGCCAGCUGGGAUGACCCUUCAGAAGCUAAUGUUCGGGACAAUGACAGUUUUUGACGAUGAAUUAACUGAAGGACACGAGUUAGGGUCAGGUUUGGUGGGAAAAGCACAAGGGUUUUACAUAGCGAGCGCCAUUGAUGGGACCUCACAAGUUUUAGCUUUCACGGCCAUGUUUGAAGAAAAUGGAUAUGCUGAUAGUAUAAGCUUUCUUGGUGUUCACAGACUUCAAGUGUCGGAAUCUCAACUUGCUGUUAUAGGAGGCACUGGUAAGUACCUUAAUGCGAAGGGCUUUGCCAUUGCCAAGACCUUUCCUAUUACCAACGACGACCAGCAUACCACUGAUGGCGUCGAGACUCUGCUUCAGCUCACUGUCUAUAUUACCUACUAG